AUGAGCUUUGAACCAAGCGGGCCUCAUUCGCACAGAAAGCCUUUUGGGAAGGGGUCGAGGAGCUGUGUGUCCUGCUACACGUUCCGUGGCAUAAUAAGGAAGUUGAUGAUGUGUAGGCGAUGCUUCAGGGAAUAUGCCGGCGAUAUAGGAUUCGCAAUCUAUGACUAG